AAGCAGUCGUAGAAGAGAAGAAGAAUGAAAAGUAAACAAACCCGAGUAUUAAUUAUUUACAUUAUUUAUUUAUAAUUUAAGUACAUCUAGAGAUAGUAAAAGAUUUUUAUUCUCCUUUCAUUUUAGAAUAUUGAAAGCGAACUGUGACCUCAGGUUGCCCUGAAAAUGACGUCCGCAAUUUUACAACUCAUCCCCAGUGCCAUUACUAUAGUAUUUUCUUUUUAUGGCUGUUUUCAUUUUAUAAGUGAGGUAUUCACUAGUUUUAUACCCUUUGGGACUCUUUUAGUAGGUACAAUAGUGUUUGCGAUUUAUGCAUUAAGAGUACCACCCCCGCCAAAAGAAGCAGUAGAAGCGAUAAUUGGAAAGGACUUGCUAGAUAAUGAGGAUCAGGAAGGUUACGUUUUGAAAACUGUGGCGCAUAGAGGAGCAGGUCUAGAUGCUCCUGAGAAUAGUUUGGCUGCUUUUGAUUUGUGUCAUGCAAGUGGCUGUGAUUUCAUAGAGUUUGAUGUUACAUUAACUAGCGAUGGAAUCCCGGUAGUAUUUCAUGACUCUACCCUAGAAAGAAUGGCAGACUCGAAUGUGGUUGUAAGCCAAACUGCAUAUGAAGUGCUGAAAGAUAUCGACAUAUCUGUUAAACAUCCUUUACGGGACAGGUUUGGAGUUACUAACAUACCAACAUUAGACCAAACUGUAAUCAAAUUACUGCGAAAUGGACAAAAAAUGAUCAUUGACAUUAAGGAUAAUAGUACAAAGAUGGUGCCUGUGAUACUGGAUUUAUUUGUAAGAUAUCCAAACCUGUACUCCAACGCAUUUGUUACUUCCUUUUUUCCAAAUAUAAUUUAUUUGGUUCGAAGAACAGAUCCAAAAAUCGUAUGUUCCUUAGGUUAUAGGCCACAUAUGUUUGCUAGCCAAUCCUUUAAGUACCCAGUGGGACAGGGUCCCAACAGAGCUACUCAAUUCUGGAAAACCCAAUUUUUUGCGUUCUGUGAUAUUUUACAUACAUGGGCAAUUAGUAGAAUUACGUAUUACGUUCUCGGCAUUCCGGUGAUUUUAUUGCAAAAGGACUGCAUUAGUCCGGAAAUAAUUUUGAAAUGGCGCAGCAAAGGAGUCAGAGUGAUGGCUUGGACUGUAAACAGUCCCACCGAGAAACAACAUAUCAGCCGGAAUUUAAAAAUCACUUACUUGACGGACACUUUAACUGGGGAACUUAGCGCACAUAGUAGCUGUUGACAGUUUUAGCGUGUAUAUGUAUACUUUAUUAUUCAUUAGUAAGUUUUUUAGUGGCAACUGGCACAAAAUUUUUAAUAUGGGGUAAGGCGAAUGCUAUGUAGAUGACUUAAGCCAUUGCAGCUUAACUACCGUGGCAGCAUCUAUAUUGUGUUAGAAGAAAGUUAUAUUAUUUGCUUUUUAUACAAUAUUUCUACCUAUAGUCUAGCACAUAUUUGUCAUAACUCUGUUAGAAGUUCCAGGAUUUUGUCACUAUUUAGAACCAAAGCUUUACUUAUAAAUAUACUCGGAUUAUUUUAACUUAGCAUUGAGAUAAGUGUGCAUUUGCCAAUACAAUGGGGAUCGUGAGUUUAUAUUUUUAAAAAUUAAAGGAAACAAUUAAGAUAUAGAUUAAAAUAUUUAGCGGAUUUAUCAGCAAUAAUAAUUUUACACUUUUGCAUUUUUAAGCAUUUAUAUAUGCGUGAGAUAUUGCGUUUGAUGGUAUUAGCUUUAAAAUUAACGUAUGUACUGCUGUCAAUUAAAUUAUCAUUUCGCAAGAAAUCAUUUUUCAUUCAAGAAGAUGAAUUUUUUUAUUUCAAUUUUACACUUUUAUUUAUUUAAAUUUACCAGGAUAAGGCCGAUAAAAGUCCAGGUUUAUAUACGGGGUGUAAGGAACAAAAUUUCAACAGCAAAUAGAAAACUUCUGUUACAAUAUCCGUAUACUAGUAACAUGUUUGCAUAUUGCAUAUUUUUCGUUUAUAAAAUUGUGCAUGUUUUAUUAUUUAUAGAAACAAACGUCAUAUUAGUUUGGGCGAUUUUUUGUCGAAACUGACGCAAGCACUGUAUUUAAAAUAAGAAACGAAAAGUAUACAUGGUAAUGGAGUUUAAAAAAUUUCUUUUGUUUGUUCUGAAAUUAAAAAAAAACUAACGGCGUGUUAAUCAUAAAUCGGUAUAUUAAUGAUGGUAUGGUAUGGUAAAUAAUUUUCUAAAAGUACAAUACUUAAAUAUAUCGUGUGAAUUAAUUUAAAGAACUGCUAACUUUAGCCGGUCCUUUAUUUACAUUUUUUUAAGGCAGUGAAUUAAAAAUUAUAAUGAAAUUGCAGUUACAUCAUUUCAUAAGAGUAUCCGUAUUUUGGUUCCACACAAUGAACAUUAUAAAAUUAUCGUUGAUAAUUAUAUAUGUUGCGGCUAAAAUCCGAAAUUGAAUAAAACUAGUUUUACCCGGGUAGCUUGCGUUUUAUCCAAUUUAGCUGGAUAAAACGCAAAUCAGUACAAUGACUUCUUACUUUAUCGGGGUAGUUCUAGAUUUAUCCAAGGGAAGAUGGAUAAAACGCUUAAAUUCAGAUGUGGAUAAAAAACACUACAUUUGAAUUAUAUUUGCUUUAUUUGCCUUAUUAAAAAUCAAAGAAAUUAUUGAUGAAAAACAUGUAUCUUAAACUAACUAGGUAACUUGAACUAACUAUAGGUAACUUAAACUUGAACGCGAGCUUGAACGUAAAGUUGAAAAUAUUUAGUUUUACUUGGAUUUACUCUUACUUGUUUGAGCAGGAUAAGCUCGAGUGACAUUUAGAGUUGCAUAGUACUUCUGAAGACUUACAACGACAUUUUAGUGUAAUACAUUUUGUUUUACAAUGACAUCUUUUGUAUCCUUGACCACCAGACAUAGACUCGCUAGUAGCAAUUUGUCGUAAUGAUUUUUCUUUCGGAUGACACUUUGUCAAUAUCAAGGAGUUGAUUGUCAUAUCCUGUAAACUGGUUUCUUGAGAACAUUUCUUCAAUUGUUCCACUCUCAUUUCCUACAAACAGGAUCAUUCGAUAAAUAAGAAUAUAAGUUUAAGAGGUACCUAUAGCUUACCCAAACGAUACAUGCCUUCUCCAUUUGUUUCUACUACUACCAUUAAAACGUUUCUAAAGUCGCCCCUUCCCCUAUCUACAUCGGGUAUUUUCAGUCGCACGGUAUCCCUCACAUUACAUGGAGGAAAUCUAAUUGGCGAUAUACUUUUCAUGUUUUCAGCUUGGAUUUCCAAGUUUCUUUUAGCUACCUUUCGGAUUGAAAGAAUUUGUUUAUUUCUGUCACAAAAUGUACAGAUUCCAUCGACUAAUGGACUUUGUUCACUGCAAACUGAGCAAGCAUUGAGUACAUUGUCCUGACUUGUACUUGGAGCAUUUUCAUUUUUUCCGAUGGUCUCCUCUUCAUGGCGAAAUUCAUUAAUGAUUUUUCCCAAGUUACCUUUUUUAUCUUAGUGUAAUUUAAUUUAAAAAUAAUAAGAAAUAUUUGAUAAAUAAUUUUUAGUUUCUAAUUAUAAAAAACGUUUUACCUCUUGCGGUAGCGAGGAAGAUUUAAGUCCAACUUUGAUUUCAGAUCGAAACAUUGCCUUAUAUGGUGACAGUUUAAUUCCGUCAUGAUAUGCCCGAUUCUUCAUGAGUUAGACGAAUCUUAACCCUUCUGACCAAUUAGUAGUAUUUUGGUCACUCAUCCAGGUCAUAAGCAUAUUUUGGAUGUCUUGAUUCGCUCGCUCAACACUUCCUUGGGAUUGGCUAUGCCUAGGCUUUCCAUGUACUAUUUUAAGUCCAUCCCACAUUAAACACAACUCCUGAAUAAUACGAUUAGCAAAUUCUCGGCCUAGUUAAAAAAAAAUACUUUAUAAUAGUUUUAAAAACGUUAAAAUAGAAAAGUAAAAACUAUUGUCAUCAAUCACCCUGUAUAAGGAAUUUUUUUAUAGUUACUAUUCACCGUUAUCUGAUUGUAAAAUCGAUGGUGCCCCAAAUAUACACAAUAUGUCCAAUUAAUUUUUGGCAACUUCCUCGGCUGUUUUUGAUUGUAAGGGUCUAAUUUGUACGAAUUUUGUUAGGUGGUCUUGGUAGACCAUUAUAAACUUAUAACCUCGAUAUGGAUUCGACUGCAUGUCUAUAAGAUCCACUUGGCAUCGACUAUUCAUUUCCGAAAACACCAUGGGUAUGACGACAAUACCUUUUUUCGCAGAUUUCUGUUUCUUUUGACAUGCCAUACAAAGUUUUAGGUAUGUCAUGAUGAUUUCCUGUGUUAUGUUUUUAUACUUUUUAUUUAUCUCAUUCAACAUGCGAUGCUUUCCGCCAUGACCGAUAGCCAAGUGAGUCUCAUGUAGAAUAUCAAAAAUUUCAUCAAUUUUGAUGAAAUACCUUAUAUUUGUUUCACCUUCGGCAACAGGAGCAAUAAGCUUUUCAACACCACCAACUACACAGACAUCAAAUCUUUUCAAGCGACGAUAUUGUAAUGCCGAUUUAGAUUUAGCAUUUUUUGCCACUUUUACCGAUUCCAAAAUAUCACUAUAUUGUGUAGCAUUCAUACAAGGCGUAUUUAAGUCUUUACGUGACACCAAAUCACAAAGCAUUUCUUUAAAUCGCACCUUAAAACGUGAAAAUGACUCUAAAUCACUCAUUUUCUUGCGCUGUCGGAAACGUAACUAAAUAAUACUUAUUGCAUCAUUCACAUGCAGCAUUAUCCAAAAGCAGUUGGAGAAAACUAGUAUUAACCGGAUAAAACUAAAAUUCUAGAAUUAUCUAAUAAUCGGGUUUUAUCCGUAACAUAUAUAUCUCCUCUCCUAUCCUCUAUAUAACUCCUAUUUUAUCGGCCGAAGAGUGUAGUUAAUGUUGGAAGUUUGAUUCUCUAUAAGGGAUAACUUGCACCCUCUUUUUCACUUUUUGCAUGUUACAUGUCUUUAAUGAGGCAGUUCCUCUUUUGGGUAUCAAACUAUGUGUCAGCUUUGCUUAGCGGUUUGCUUUUUGUAAAUCAAGAACUGAGUACAAAAAUGUCAGUGAAGGUGAAUUGAAAGAAUAAACAUGAGUAUCCAUACUUUAUUCUUUUAUUUAUACUCUAUUCUUUCAAUUCACUGCCAUAUAUACAUACUCAAGGUGCUUUAUUAAUGCAUACAUCAACAAUUAAAAUAUAUCUUUCGUAUUUAAGACUUCUGAUUUAGUUAGCACUUUUCAGUAGGCAUUAACCUUGUACAUAAUAUUCUAUUGUUUUGCUUUUUAUUAGUAAUAUACUGUGGUAGAAUGGCAUAGUGUAUUCUAUACACUGAAUUAUUUUUUUUUCUAUAUACUGUAUAUGAUAGUUCUUCUACUAAAGAUCAUAAUGUACUUUACUUUAUUUGUAUAAAAUUGUCUCUUGCCAAAGAAAGUUGUUUUUCAUAUGAUGAUUUUUUUAAUUUAAUGAUUUUUGUUGUAUUAUUUCGUAAUCUUUAAGAUUUUAUGUAAUUUUUUCAUACAUAUAAAAAUAUAGUUCUAUUGUG